AUUUGAGUCCCCUUUAAGCCCUGCGAGCCAUACAGCUGACUUGGCCUAGGUUGCAACGUGAGAUCCUCAUGGACCCUGACCUUAAGCGGUACUCCGUUAUCAUGCUGGACGAAGCCCACGAACGGACAAUUGCCACAGACGUCCUCUUCGCCUUGCUGAAGAAGACCGUCAAGAAGCGGCCCGAUCUCAAAGUCAUCGUAACCAGCGCUACUCUCGAUGCUGAAAAAUUCAGCGAGUACUUCAACUCCUGCCCCAUCUUCACGAUCCCUGGCCGAACAUAUCCUGUGGAAAUUCUCUACUCUCGAGAACCGGAGUCCGACUACCUCGAUGCCGCGUUGACCACGGUGAUGCAGAUCCACCUGAGCGAGCCGAUGGGCGAUAUCCUCGUCUUCUUGACGGGUCAGGAGGAGAUCGACACGGCCUGCGAGAUCCUGUACGAAAGAAUGAAGGCUCUGGGGCCUGGCGUCCCAGAGCUUAUCAUCUUGCCGGUUUACUCUGCGCUCCCAAGCGAGAUGCAAAGCAGGAUUUUCGAACCCGCACCGCCCGGCAGCCGCAAAGUCGUAGUUGCCACGAAUAUUGCCGAGACCUCCAUCACUAUUGACUACAUCUACUACGUUGUCGACCCCGGCUUCGUGAAGCAGAAUGCAUACGAUCCAAAGCUUGGAAUGGACUCAUUGGUCGUUACCCCUAUCUCCCAGGCGCAGGCAAACCAGAGGGCGGGGAGAGCUGGGCGGACAGGGCCGGGCAAGUGUUUCCGCUUGUACACCGAAGCGGCCUUUCAGUCGGAAAUGCUGCCCACAACAAUCCCCGAGAUUCAGCGGCAGAACUUGUCCCAUACGAUUUUGAUGCUGAAGGCCAUGGGGAUCAACGACCUUCUUCGCUUCGACUUUAUGGAUCCACCACCCGUCAAUACCAUGCUUACGGCCCUCGAGGAACUGUAUGCCUUGGGCGCUCUGGACGACGAAGGGUUGCUCACCCGUCAGGGGAGAAAGAUGGCCGAUUUCCCCAUGGAACCGUCGCUCUCCAAGGUGCUUAUCGCCUCGGUCGAGAAGGGAUGUUCCGAGGAAAUGGUCACCAUUGUCUCGAUGCUCAACUUGCUCCAAAUCUUUUACCGGCCAAAAGAGAAGCAGGCCCAGGCCGAUCAGAAAAAGGCGAAAUUUCACGACCCUUCCGGUGACCACCUCACGCUGCUGAACGUGUACACGGCGUGGAAGAAUAGCGGCUACGCCAAUGCCUGGUGCUUUGAGAAUUUCAUCCAGGCUCGUUCGAUGCGGCGCGCCAAAGAUGUCCGCGAGCAGAUCGUCAAGAUUAUGGAGCGUCACCGGCAUCCGAUCAUCAGUUGCGGCCGUGACACCGACAAGAUCCGCCAGUCGCUCUGUGCGGGCUUCUUCCGAAACGCAGCUCGCAAGGACCCGCAGGAAGGCUACAAGACGCUGACGGAGGGCACCCCUGUGUACUUGCACCCGAGCUCGGCGCUCUUUGGCAAACAGGCCGAGUGGGUUAUCUAUCACACCCUUGUGCUUACCACUCGCGAGUACAUGCAUUUUACGACGGCGAUCGAGCCGAAGUGGCUGGUGGAUGCGGCCCCUACGUUCUUCAAGAUCGCACCGACAGAUCGGUUGAGCAAGAGGAAGAGGGCGGAGAGGAUCCAGCCGUUGUACAAUAAGUACGCCAACGAGGGUGAUUGGCGGUUGAGCUCUCAGCGCAGGGCCGGGAGGACUGGCGGUGGCGGCGGAACGUGGGGUUAACUUAGGUGCUUGGUCAACAUUGGUAUGCGGUAUUGGUCAACUGUGUUUGCAUUCCUUGGCGAACGGUUCAAAGGGCGGAAGAACAUUGAAUUCAUGAUACCCUUU